CCCCCGCCCGGCCAAAGGAUGUACAAGCAGUCGAUGGCUCAGCGAGCCAGGACCAUGGCUCUCUACAACCCCAUCCCCGUCAAGCAGAACUGCUUCACCGUCAACCGGUCCCUCUUCAUCUUCAGCGAGGAUAACGUUAUCCGGAAAUACGCCAAGAGAAUAACCGAAUGGCCUCCAUUUGAAUACAUGAUUUUAGCGACAAUCAUAGCCAACUGCAUUGUUCUGGCUUUGGAGCAGCAUCUACCAGAGGAUGACAAGACGCCCAUGUCAGAGAGAUUGGAUGAUACCGAGCCAUACUUUAUUGGAAUAUUUUGUUUUGAAGCGGGUAUAAAAAUCAUCGCCCUGGGGUUUGUUUUUCACAAAGGCUCUUAUCUCCGAAAUGGCUGGAACGUGAUGGAUUUUGUCGUUGUCCUCACAGGGAUUCUAGCCACUGCCGGGACUGAUUUUGACUUACGCACCCUGCGAGCUGUUCGGGUAUUGAGACCUUUGAAGCUGGUGUCAGGAAUUCCAAGUUUGCAGGUUGUCCUCAAGUCCAUCAUGAAGGCUAUGGUGCCCUUGCUCCAGAUUGGGCUGCUUCUCUUCUUUGCGAUUGUGAUGUUCGCCAUCAUUGGGCUGGAGUUCUACAUGGGGAAGUUUCAUAAAACCUGCUUCUCAAAUGAAACAGGUGAGGAGAUCGGAGAUUUUCCUUGCGGAGAGGAUCCACCUGCCAGGCAAUGUGAGAAUGGAACCACAUGCAGGAAAUACUGGCCGGGCCCCAACUAUGGAAUCACCAACUUUGACAAUAUCCUGUUUGCGGUGCUAACUGUCUUCCAGUGCAUCACCAUGGAGGGCUGGACGGACAUCCUGUACAACACUAAUGAUGCGGCAGGAAAUACCUGGAACUGGCUUUACUUCAUCCCGCUUAUCAUCAUUGGCUCUUUCUUCAUGCUCAACCUGGUGCUGGGUGUCUUAUCAGGCGAGUUCGCCAAAGAGCGCGAGAGGGUAGAGAACCGCCGGGCCUUCCUGAAGCUGCGUAGGCAGCAGCAGAUUGAACGAGAACUAAAUGGGUACUUGGAGUGGAUCUUCAAGGCAGAGGAGGUGAUGCUGGCAGAAGAAGACAAGAAUGCGGAAGAGAAGUCCCCUCUGGACGGGAGGGCCGCCUCCGAGGGGCCAGUUCAGCAAGGCACAGCAUCGACGGAGCCUGGCAGCGGCAGCUACAACAUGUUGAAAAGAGCGACAAUAAAGAAGAGCAAAAACGACCUGAUUCAUGCUGAAGAGGCGGAGGAUCAUUUCACUGACAUUUGCUCCGUGGGGUCUCCAUUUGCCCGUGCCAGCCUGAAGAGCGGAAAGAAUGAGAGCUCCUCAUAUUUCCGGAGGAAAGAGAAGAUGUUCCGGUUCUUCAUCCGGCGCAUGGUGAAAGCACAAAGCUUCUACUGGAUUGUCCUGUGUGUGGUUACCCUGAACACUUUGUGCGUCGCCAUGGUGCAUUAUGACCAGCCAGAGGGGCUCACCAACGCGCUGUAUUUUGCAGAGUUUGUUUUCCUGGGUCUGUUCCUUACUGAGAUGUCCUUGAAGAUGUACGGACUAGGGCCCCGAAAUUACUUCCACUCCUCAUUCAACUGCUUUGACUUUGGGGUGAUCGUGGGGAGCAUUUUUGAAGUGAUUUGGGCAGCGGUGAAGCCUGGUACCUCGUUUGGCAUCAGUGUACUGAGGGCUCUUCGGCUGCUGAGGAUUUUCAAAGUAACCAAAUACUGGAACUCCCUAAGGAAUCUCGUGGUAUCCUUGCUGAACUCCAUGAAAUCCAUCAUCAGUUUGCUCUUCCUGCUUUUCUUGUUCAUUGUGGUGUUCGCUCUGCUGGGAAUGCAGCUCUUUGGAGGACAAUUUAAUUUUCAAGAUGAAACGCCGACCACCAACUUCGAUACGUUCCCUGCUGCCAUCCUCACUGUGUUCCAGAUACUGACUGGUGAAGACUGGAAUGCAGUGAUGUAUCAUGGGAUUGUAUCACAAGGUGGUGUCCACUCAGGAAUGUUUUCUUCCAUUUACUUCAUCAUCCUGACAUUGUUUGGUAACUACACACUCCUGAACGUCUUCUUGGCUAUUGCUGUCGACAAUCUUGCGAAUGCACAAGAGCUGACCAAGGAUGAAGAGGAGAUGGAAGAGGCUACCAAUCAGAAGCUUGCGCUCCAAAAGGCCAAGGAGGUAGCAGAAGUCAGUCCCAUGUCUGCAGCUAAUAUUUCCAUAGCAGCUUUUGUAAAGCAAACUCGAGGUACUGUAUCUCGCAGCUCGUCAGUCUCCAGCGUAAAUUCACCCAAACAGCAGAACUCCUCCAAAUCCAAGUCCGUCUGGGAGCAGAGGACUAGCCAGAUCAGGAUGCACAAUUUCCGGGCCAGCUGCGAGGCGCUGUACAAUGAGCUCAAUCCCGAGGAGCGUGUGCUCUACGCUACCACCCUCCACAUCCGGCCAGACAUGAAGACCCACUUGGAUCGGCCGCUGGUGGUGGAGCCAAGGACUGACGGCAGGAACAAUGUGAGUAAGCUAAGCCCGGGGGACAUUCAGGAGACUGAGCAGGCCAAGGUGACCGCUGCCGACAGUGCAGAGGUGCCCCGAAAGCACCACCGGCAUCGGGAUAGAGACAAGGUGGGAGAACAGGAGAAGAGCGACAUGGCGAAGGAUGAGAACGGGGAGUCCGGCACAAACAGUAAGGAGGAACGGCACCGGCAGCACAGGAGUCGCAGCAAAGAGGCAGAGGGAGGCAGUAAGGAAGGAAAAAGUGAGCGCAACAGAAGCCAGGAAGGGGGUAAGAGGCACCAUCGCCGGGGCUCAGUGGAGGAAGGGGCCGAGAAGGAGUACCGGCGGCACCGGCCUCACCGGCAUGCGGCGGAGCGGCAAGCCAAGGAAGGCAACGGGACAAUCAAUGGGGCCCGGAGUGAGCGGCGUUCGCGUCACCGAGGAGGGUCAAGGUCAGGGAACCGGGAAAGUGAUCCCGGCAUGAAAGGAGAGAAUGGGGAAGAGCCCCACAGACGGCACAAGAUGCGGCAGAAAGCUCUGUCAACCUAUGAUUCGGUGGAAAAGGAGAAUGGGGAGAAAGAAGGAGAGACGGGGGAGAAAGACCUUAGGAACCAUCAGCCCAAGGAGACUCAGUUUGAGAUCGAGGCUGGGGGUAGCGUGAGUGUCGUCCCAGCCCAUACCCUGCCCAGCACCUACCUGCAGAAAGUGCCUGAACAGCCAGAAGAUGCUGACAACCAGAAGAAUGUGACUCGGAUGACUCAGCCACCACUGGACAAAACCACCACUGUGAACAUCCCUGUCACCAUCACUGCACCUCCUGGGGAGACCACUGUCAUACCAAUGAACAACGUUGAAUUUGAAAGCAAAACAGAAGAGAAGAAGGAUAUGGAGGUUGACGACUUGACAAAAAAUGGGCCUAAGCCAAUCCUGCCUUACAGCUCCAUGUUUAUCUUAAGCCCUACGAACCCAAUCCGACGCCUGUUCCAUUACAUUGUGAACAUGCGCUACUUUGAGAUGGUCAUCCUCAUAGUCAUCGCCCUGAGCAGCAUUGCCCUGGCUGCUGAAGACCCUGUCCAAGCCGAGUCUCCACGGAACGAUGCGCUGAAGUAUCUGGAUUACAUAUUUACAGGGGUCUUUACCUUCGAGAUGGUGAUAAAGAUGAUUGACUUGGGGCUGCUGCUUCAUCCUGGCUCCUAUUUCCGUGACCUGUGGAACAUCCUGGAUUUUAUUGUGGUCAGUGGGGCCUUGGUGGCAUUUGCCUUCUCGAGUUUCAUGGGAGGAAGCAAAGGCAAAGACAUCAACACAAUCAAGUCCCUGCGAGUCCUGCGAGUCCUAAGACCCUUGAAGACCAUAAAGCGUCUGCCCAAGUUAAAGGCUGUCUUUGACUGCGUUGUGAAUUCUCUGAAGAAUGUCCUCAAUAUUCUGAUUGUUUACAUGCUCUUCAUGUUCAUCUUUGCUGUCAUUGCUGUGCAACUCUUCAAAGGCAAAUUCUUCUACUGCACGGAUGAGUCCAAGGAGCUAGAGAAGGACUGCAGGGGCCAGUAUUUGGAUUAUGAAAAGAGUGAGGUGGAGGCACAGCCCAGGCAGUGGCAAAAAUAUGAGUUUCACUAUGACAACGUGCUUUGGGCUCUGUUAACACUGUUCACUGUGUCCACAGGAGAAGGGUGGCCGACUGUGUUGAAGCACUCGGUGGAUGCUACACAUGAAGACCAGGGUCCCAGCCCUGGCUAUCGAAUGGAAAUGUCCAUCUUUUACGUGGUGUACUUUGUUGUCUUCCCCUUCUUCUUUGUGAAUAUCUUUGUGGCGUUAAUUAUCAUCACCUUCCAGGAGCAAGGAGAUAAAGUGAUGUCAGAAUGCAGCCUAGAAAAAAAUGAGAGGGCCUGCAUAGACUUCGCCAUAAGUGCCAAACCACUGACCCGGUACAUGCCUCAAAACAAGCAGUCGUUUCAGUACAAGAUGUGGAAGUUUGUGGUGUCCCCUCCCUUUGAAUAUUUUAUCAUGGCCAUGAUUGCGCUCAACACUAUUGUGCUGAUGAUGAAGUUCUACGAUGCUCCAGAGACAUAUGAAGAAAUGUUGAAAUGCCUGAAUAUUGUGUUUACAUCCAUGUUUUCAAUGGAAUGUGUUUUGAAGAUCAUUGCCUUUGGAGUACUGAAUUAUUUCCGAGAUGCCUGGAAUGUCUUUGAUUUCGUAACAGUAUUGGGAAGUAUUACUGAUAUUUUAGUAACAGAGAUUGCGGACACGGAUAACUUCAUCAACCUCAGCUUCCUGAGGCUCUUCAGGGCUGCCAGACUCAUCAAACUUCUUCGCCAGGGCUACACCAUCCGCAUUCUGCUCUGGACAUUUGUACAAUCUUUUAAGGCCUUGCCUUAUGUGUGUCUCCUCAUUGCGAUGCUCUUCUUCAUCUACGCCAUUAUCGGCAUGCAGGUAUUUGGAAACAUUGCACUAGACGAUGAUACCUCGAUUAAUCGACACAACAACUUCAGAACUUUCUUGCAAGCCCUGAUGCUAUUGUUCAGGAGUGCCACCGGGGAAGCUUGGCAUGAGAUCAUGCUCUCCUGCCUCAGUAACAGAGCCUGCGACAAACUCUCCGGCCUCACCAAAAACGAAUGUGGCAGUGACUUUGCCUAUUUUUACUUCGUCUCUUUCAUCUUCCUUUGUUCCUUUCUGAUGUUGAACCUGUUUGUAGCUGUAAUCAUGGACAACUUUGAGUACCUGACACGAGACUCUUCCAUCCUAGGACCCCAUCACCUUGAUGAGUUCAUUCGGGUCUGGGCUGAAUACGACCCAGCUGCCUGUGGGCGCAUCAGUUACACUGACAUGUAUGAGAUGCUGAGACACAUGUCCCCACCUCUAGGCCUGGGAAAGAAAUGCCCUGCUCGAGUUGCCUAUAAGCGCCUGGUGCGGAUGAACAUGCCGAUCUCGGACCAGGACUUAACGGUCCACUUCACUUCCACGCUGAUGGCCUUGAUCCGGACCGCUCUAGAAAUCAAACUGGCGACAGCGGGCGUGCAGCAGCACCAGUGUGAUUCUGAGCUGAGGAAAGAGAUCUCUCUGGUCUGGCCCAACCUGUCCCAGAAGACAUUGGAUUUGUUGGUGCCUCCCCAUAAACAGGAUGAAAUGACUGUGGGGAAGGUCUAUGCAGCACUCAUGAUAUUCGACUUCUACAAGCAGAAUAAAAACAGCAGGGACCAAGCGCACCAGCCACCUGGAGGUCUUUGCCAGACUGGACCAGUGUCAUUGUUCCACCCCUUGAAAGCAACCCUCGAGCAAACCCAGCCUCUGGUGUUCAACAACGCUAAAGCCUUCCUCCGCCAGAAAAGUUCCGCCUCGCUCAACAACGGGGGCACACUGCCAGCCCCGGAGAGCGGGAUCAAGGAGUCUGUUUCCUGGGGGACUCAGCACACUCAGGAUGUGUUUUAUGAAACUAGGACACCAGCUUUUGAGCGAGGCCACUCGGAAGAAAUUCCCAUUGAGCGGACAAGCAAACAGGUUGUGGAAAUGAGAGAAAUCAGCCCCACCUUGGCCAAUGGAGACCACCAACCUGGCUUGGAGAGCCAGGGGCGGGCGGCUUCCAUGCCGCGUCUGGCCGCCGAAACUCAGAGGAGCAAAACACGGUCACCGGGGAGUUACCUGGCACCCAUUCCAGACACCAGCCCCAUGAAGCGCUCCAUCUCCACGCUGACCCCACAGCGCCCGCAUCCCAUGCACCUGUACGAAUAUUCCCUGGAGCGCAUGCCCCCGGACCACACUCAUCACCACCAUCACCAUCGCUGCCAUCGACGGAAAGACAAGAAGCAGAAGUCGCUGGACAAGCCGCCCAACCAGCUGGCUGACGGAGAUGCUGGCGAGGCUUCUUCCAAGGAUAAGAAGCAAGAACGAGGCAGGUCACAAGAGAGAAAGCUGCACUCCUCCUCGUCCUCUGAAAAACAGCGCUUCUACUCCUGCGACCGCUACGGGAGCCGGGACCGUUCUCAACCCAAGUCAGCUGAUCACAGCAGGCCCACCUCGCCCAAUGGGGGCCUGGAGCCAGGUCCCCACAGACAGGGUAGUGGUUCAGUUAAUGGGAGCCCCUUGCUGUCGACAUCUGGUGCUAGCACCCCGUGCCGCGGGCGGAGGCAGCUCCCGCAGACUCCGUUGACCCCCCGCCCCAGCAUCACUUACAAGACCGCCAACUCCUCACCCGUACACUUCACCAGUUUCCAAACCAGCCUGCCCACGUUCUCCCCGGGACGCCUGAGCCGAGGUUUGUCUGAGCAUAACGCGCUACUGCAAAGGGACUCUCAGAGCCACGCACAUUCCAUGGUGGCCCGCAUUGGUUCCGACCCCUACCUUGGACACCGUGACGACAGCGACAGCCCGUACCGCGUCGUGCCGGAGGACACGCUCACCUUCGAGGAGGCUGUUGCCACCAAUUCAGGAAGGUCCUCGAGGACUUCUUAUGUCUCGUCCUUGACUUCCCAGUCUCACCAAAUCCGCAGGGUUCCCAACGGCUACCACUACACGUUGGGCCUCAGCACGGGCCCUGGGACAUGCGCCCGCGCACGCAGCUAUUACCACGAAGCCGACGAGGAUGACUGGUGCUAGCAUAACGGCAGAGCCCUUGCAGGUGUAUGCAUUUGGAAUUGAUGAGUUUUAUCAUCUGGGAGGCUGUGUGCUCAGACACACAUGGUGACUGGGGUCGUGGGGGGGGGGAGGGAGAACCAGCCGCUG